AUGAAUGACGCCAUAAUCCUCGACGAUGAAGCCAUAGUAAGAAAGAUAGGGAAUCUCGAAUCGAACUUGCAAUUCGUUUCUAAAGAAAUAAAAUAUCAUAAUUCGUGCCGGAAAAAGUUUGCUUCUGCAGCCAAAAGUGCAGUAAAUAAACGAGAAGAGGAACAUCAAUCAAAGUGGGUUUUAAAGAAGAGCAUUAGGGAAAACGCUAUGCAAAAAAUUAUAGCUUUUUUGGAAGAAAAAAUCAUGAAGGAAGAAGAGGUUCAUCGUGUGAAAGAUAUCACAAAACACUAUCGAUUGCUGCUAUCCGAACUUGGUUUGGAUUAUAAUAGUAUUUGUAGAGUGCGUAAGUGUGAGGUAUUAGAGAAAUUGAUCAGCUAUUUUGGUGACAAAGUAACAGUCAUAAAUCACACUGUCGAAGGCGUUGGACAAAUCAUUUUCAAAUCCGACUUGAGCGUCGACAAGGCUUUACUGACAACUUUUGAUGCGAACAUCAGUUCUGAUUACAAGGUAAAAGAAGUCGCCUUCAUGCUUCGCAAUUUGAUAUUGGAAACGCCCCGCAAUAUUCUCCCAAAAAACGUUAACAUUAGGGAUCUCAUUGCCGGAGAAGUUAAACCACAAAAUUUGCUUCAAACCUUUUUUGAAAGUCUGGUCUUAAGGCUCAUACAGACAAAAGUGAAAUCUCAAACAGAAAGAAGAUUAGAAUAGAUACUUUGAUGGAUGACACCAUUUUUGCCGUCACUAAUGGACUCUACAAGCCAUCAAAGCAAUUGAUGCUCGGGAUGUACCUUAAAUCUACAACAGGUAAUCAAUGUUAUUGC